CAGCUCCACCCUGUCUCAGACUCUAAACUCUCAGUCGGACUCUGCAGCCUCUCAGCUACACACAUGAAGAGAAAACAGAAAGUUGUGGAUUUCUCUGAUAUUCUCUGAAAGUCUUUAGCUCUGAGACAGAGAUAUGUUUCCUGGAAGAUGUUUGUUUCUCUGCUGGACUCUGCUGUCAGUCUGUCAGAUGGUUUCUUCCUCUACGGGACAGAUAAACAUCACAGCUGGACAUGGACAGACUGUCUCUCUACCAUGUAAAGCUCUGGACAAUGGACCUGUCACAGUGGUGGACUGGAGAAGACCCGACCUGAAAACAGAUAAAUAUGUUCUUUUAUAUCUUGAUAAUCAGUUAGUAACAGACGACCAGCAUCAGUCUUAUAAGAACCGAGCGGAUCUACAGGACAGACAGAUGAAAGAUGGAGACGUGUCUCUGAUUCUGAACAAUGUGACAACUGAUGACAGUGGAACAUAUGAUUGUUAUGUUGUUCAGAACGGAACAGGUCAGACGAGGAGCAUCAUCAGACUGGAUGUGCUUCCAGAACCACCUCCAGUCUGGCCUAAAGUUCUCAUAGUUCUCCUGGUGGUUGUUCUUGGUGUCGUUGUGGGUCUUUUGUAUCAUUUUCGACAGUACUUCAUGUCAGUCCUCCAGGUGGAGGUGGAUUCAGGGGUGGAGUCUGUCCAGCUGCCCUGCAAAACCAUCAUUUGCUGGUGGAAAGUUGCUAGAGUGGAGUGGAAGAAUGGAGAAAAUGAUGUGGUCCAUGUGUAUGAGAACGGUUCUGACCGUCCUGAAGAACAGAACCAGAUUUAUAGAAACAGAACGAAGAUGAAGAGAAACCUGAAAACUGGAGACCUCAGUCUGACCCUGAAACACCCCACAGAUAGAGACACCAACAUCUACACCUGUAGAGUCUACGACAAGGAGGGAAAGAGACUGAGAGAGAAAAGAGUGGAUCUCAGAGUGAGAGUCCUCCAGGUGGAGGUGGAUCCAGGGGCGGAGUCUGUCCAGCUGUCCUUCAGAACCACAGAGCUGCCUGGAGACACUAGAGUGGAGUGGACGGAUGGAGACGACAGGAAGGUCCAUGUGUAUGAGAACGGCUCUGACCGUCUUGAAGAACAGGACCAGAUUUAUAGAUACAGAACAAAGAUGAAUGAAGACCUGCUGGAAACUGGAGACCUCAGUCUGACCCUGAAAUACCCCACAUAUGGAGACACCAACACCUACACCUGUAGAGUCUACGACAAGGAGAGAGAAACACUGAUGAAGAAACAAGUGAAGCUCAGAGAGAAAGAACCACCACCACCUCCAGUCUGGCCUAAAGUUCUUGUGGGUCUACUGGUUGUUGUUGUUGUUCUUGGUGUCGUUGGGGGUCUUUUGUUUCAUUUUCGACUCUACUUCAUGUCAGAAUACCAGGUGGAGGUGGAUUCAGGGGUGGAGUCUGUCCAGCUGCCCUGCAAAACCAUAACUCGCCUUCCUAAAGACACUAGAGUGGAGUGGACGGAUGGAGACGACAGGAAGGUCCAUGUGUAUGAGAACGGCUCUGACCGUCCUGAAGAACAGAACCAGUUUUAUAGAAACAGAACGAAGAUGAAGAGAAAUCUGCUGGAAACUGGAGACCUCAGUCUGACCCUGAAACACCCCACAAAUGGAGACACCAACACCUACACCUGUAGAGUCUACGACAAGGAGGGAAAGAUACUGAUGAAGAAACAAGUGGAGCUCAAUGUGAAAGUCCUCCAGGUGGAGGUGGAUCCAGGGGCGGAGUCUGUCCAGCUGCCCUUCAGAACCACAGAGCUGCCUGGAGACACGAGAGUGGAGUGGACGGACAUAUUCGACAUGAAGGUCCAUGUGUAUGAGAACGGCUCUGACCGUCCUGAAGAACAGGACCAGAUUUAUAAAAACAGAACGAAGAUGAAUGAAAACCUGCUGGAAACUGGAGACCUCAGUCUGACCCUGAAAUACCCCAGAGAUGGAGACAACUACACCUACACCUGUAGAGUCUACGACAAGGAGGGAGAGAUACUGAAGAUUAAACAAGUGGAGCUCAGAGUGAAAGUCCUCCAGGUGGAGGUGGAUUCAGGGGCGGAGUCUGUCCAGCUGCCCUUCAUAACCACAGAGCUGCCUGGAGACACUAGAGUGGAGUGGAUGGACAUAUUCGACAUGAUGGUCCAUGUGUAUGAGAACGGUUCUGACCAUCCUGAAGAACAGAACCAGAUUUAUAAAAACAGAACGAAGAUGAAUGAAAACCUGCUGGAAACUGGAGACCUCAGUCUGACCCUGAAAUACCCCAGAGAUGGAGACAACUACACCUACACCUGUAGAGUCUACGACAAGAAGGGAGAGAUACUGAUGAUGAAACAAGUGAAGCUCAGAGUGAAAGACAGAGUCCAGGUCCAGGAUGUAACGUCUCCUCUGAUGGCUGAAGACGUAGUUUGAUCAGGUUGUUGAUCUUUGAUCAUUGAUCAGUGAAGGAUCUGAUGGACGAUGGAUGAAGAGAGGAGGACGCUCUGUCAGCUCCUGGUCCUGGUCUGAAGACUCUUUAAGGAUCAGUGUGAUCAGCUCUGUGUUAUGGCCCAGUGUGAUGACCUCCUCCUCUAUAGUGGUCACCACUAUAACCCCCUGUUCUGUCCUGGUUCUCCCUGGUCUGUUACCACAUCAUCUGGUUCCAGGUUCAUCCAGACUAACAUCCUGGGAGUCUGAGUCCUGAGAGGAACGUUUCCUCAUGAAGAUUAAUUUCCUCUGAGUAGAAGGAGACUGAUUAGCAUCCACCUCCCUCUGCUGCUCCUUCUUCUACCCUUUAACAACCGUGGACUCCUCAUCGUCCUUAUCAUUUUCGUCUUCUUCUAAUGUUUUUACUUUUUCACAUCUGGGCCUGUGUGAGCCGCUUCAGCUUCGUCUGGUGUAUUUCAGCAUCAUGUAUCCAACAUUAUAUUUUAUUUUUAUAUUAACCUGCUGAUUGCUUUUUUUAAUGCUUUUAUAUUCUGCUGGGAGGUUUGUGUAUUUAUUGAAGAAGUGCAGCCUGAGAUACUGAUAGUGUCAGAGAAUGAGCAGCAUGUAGAGGAUGGAGUGGCUCUAGCUGUGAUGUAAAGGUCACAGCUCCAGUAAAACCUCACUCUCUGUGUUUGUGGAGCUGAUGCUAAAGGCUGUUUGUUGCACUGUUGUUGUACUGAGCUUCUUUGCAGAGCUUUGAUGAAUAAAAUGAAUCUGAAAGGA